UCAAUCUAUGCAAAUUCACAACCAUGCUAUGCACAUUAUGUUGGUAGAAAUGAAAGUAAAAGUUUAACUUGUUUCAGUUGCAACGAGAGAGGAGCUAUUGAACAACAUGAAAACCUUCACUGUUCUCCUUUGUUUAAUUCCAUAUGCAGGUGUGCUAGGAUUCCUACAGGUGCAAUGGCUGCGCUGUCGACUGAAAGAUGAGUAUGUAUGGACAAAUGAUGAGGGACACAUUGAAACUAAUAACAGCUACAGAGAUGCGGUGUUGCAGUUUGAAAACUCAGGGAACAGCGCUUUGUUGUCUGAAUCAAUCACGUUCCUUGUUGCAGCAUCUAAGGUGGAUAUGAGGAAGUUUGUGGAGGGUCCGGUGGAUCAACUGCAGUGUGACAUCCACAGGUACAGCAAAGGGAUGAGCCGUGUGCGCUGGCCAAGCCUGGGAGGAACGGGGCACGACAUCUGGUUCACCUGCACACUGCGGCACACCGCAGGCCUCUUCAACAUCACCUCCUUCCUCAGAGUCACCCCGGCCACGACCAUGUCGGCCCACCAGCCAGACUUCCUCAGCUGGCUCACCAUCGGAGUUAAAGAACAAAUAAGUGCCUCGGCUGUGAUGGUGCUUAUGACCCGCUCUCCAUCCGUGCGGGUGGGCCUGCAGGAAGAGAGGACCCUGCACUGUCAGUUUGCCGUGGACCACAAGGUCCCUCACCUUACAGUCGAGUGGCAUCUACAGCGGCACGGAGCGCGCCGGACCAAGCUGUUCAGCUACUCCAGCAGCUCAGGUCAGACAGAGGGCAGCGGGGUGGCAGUGAAGGGCAUUGCCGGGGGGGAUGCCUCCCUGACUGUGCCCAUCACCAAGGUGAGCAGUGAGGGGACGUACGUGUGUUCUGUCCGCGUACCCCCACUCAACGGGAGCGUGGACAUCGCGCUGCACAUCAUAGAGCCUCCUAAUGUUUCCUUGACCACAAAGGAGGAGCAGAUCCCCAGGGUAGUGUGUGAGGCUAAUGGCUUUUACCCCCUGGACGUGGACAUUGACCUUUUCAAGGAGACCAGCAGUGGUCAACGGCCUGAAAAGCUGGGGAACGUCUUGCACUCUAGUCACAUCCAACACCAUGACGGUACUCACUCUGUGGCAGCCUUCGUCCGGCUGCGGCCCUCCCCUCAGGACUCUGGGUGCGAAACAUAUUCCUGUAGAGUGUCACACGUCUCCCUGCAAGGUCUGUACAUCCACAAGAGCAUUAUCGGCCCAGGCUGUUGGACUUGGAUUCAUCUGACCUUGCCUGGAUUGGUAUGCCUGAUUUUUGUGAUCAUUUUCAUAGCAGUAACAAGACAACGUUUUUUUUAACAAGACGGUAAGAAGACGAUAAAAGAAAGACUCCACCUCCUUGUCCCCCUUUUGCAGCUCAGUGCUUCAUUUGGACAUUUUGGGUGUGUGAAGUACCUUUUAUUGUUUGUUUAAUUGCUUGUAUUUAAUAAUUACUACACUGUUUCUGGAUUGUGUGUUUCAACAGUUCUGUACUUGCUUUGGUAUUUAUUAUUCACAUAACUUGACCUAUGAAGAAUUAUCGAUUCAUCUCAAUACAACAUUUUAUUAUGUCCUAUUUUCCAAAUUAAUUUCUUAUGUAGACUGUAGUUAUAGCGGUACAAUUCACUGGUCAUAUUACCCAUGUACAGUACCAGUCAAAAGUUUGGACACACCUACUCAUUCCAGGGUUUUUCUUUAUUUGUACUAUUUUCUACAUUGUAGAAUAAUAGUGAAGACAUCAAAACUAUGAAAUAACACAUAUGGAAUCAUGUAGUAACCAAAAAAGUGUUAAAAAAAAUCAAAAUAUAUUUGAGAUUCUUCAAAGUAGCCACCCUUUGCCUUGAUGACAGCUUUGCACACUCUUGGCAUUAAGAUUUAGAAUCUUUAAACAUCGAUGAUAGGAUUAAUUCCAUUAGUUUCAUUAAGUCAAUGUAUUUGUAUUUAUUAUGGAUCCCCAUUAGCCAAAGCAGCAGCUAUUCUUCCUUGGGUCCAGCAGAAUUAAGGCAGUUUAUACAAUUUUACAACAUUACAAUACAUUCACAGAUUUCACAACACACUGUGUGCCCUCUGGCCCCUACUCCACCACUACCACAUAUCUACAGUACUAAAUCCAUGUGUAUGUAUAGUGUGUAUGUUAUCGUGUGUGUGUGUGUAUGCAUGUGUCUGUGCCAAUGUUUGUGUUGCUUCAC